AUGCAGAGCGCCUCAUCUUCCUCUGGAACGCAGAGAUCUGCAAAAGCCCAGAAGUUUCAUCGAUUGCUAUCCUUGCCCACUGUUGACCUGGCAGCUCUACGGGAACUUCUUUGGUCUGGAGCACCAGAAGAAGAUCCCAAGGUCCGAGCGGAGUCAUGGCAGAUGUUGCUGGGCUAUUUGCCGCCUGUCAAGGACCGGCAGCCUUCGGGUCUGCAGAAGAAGAGAGAGGAGUAUGAAGAACUUCGAAGGAGGCAUUAUUUGCCGGUAGAAGCCGAAGCUCCCAGCAUUGAUGUCGAUGCAGCUGGUAUCCUUCGUCAGAUUCGACUUGACAUUCCAAGAACAUCGCCUGGCUUACCAAUCUUUAGCCACCAACGGAUACAACAACUGCUGGAACGAAUCCUGUUCAUUUGGUCCGUGCGUCAUCCGGCAAGUGGUUAUGUUCAAGGAAUCAAUGACCUUGCAACGCCUUUUGUCGUUGUCCUGCUGGCUUCUGAACUUGAUUGCUUGCCUGAGGAGAUCGAUGUGGAUGCCGCUGGCGACGAUGCUUUUGAGGCUGUAGAAGCUGGGUCAUACUGGUGUCUCACCAAAUUCCUGAGUGAUAUUCAAGACCAUUACACAAAUGGUCAACCCGGGAUUCAGCAGAUGGUGGCCAAACUCCGAGAGAUAGUUCAUCGGAUCGACCAGAAGCUCUACGAUCAUUUGGAAGAGCAAGGUCUUGAUUUCCUGCAGCUUUCCUUCAGAUGGAUGAACUGCCUUCUGCUGAGAGAAUUCCCCUUUCCUUGCGUAAUCCGGCUGUGGGACACCUACAUUUCGGAGCCUUUGGAAGGGUUCUCAUCAUUUCAUGUUUACGUUUGUGCUGUAUUUCUGAUCUACUGGUCCCCACAGCUGAAACAAAUGGAUUAUCAGCAGCUGAUGCUCUUUAUGCAGAAAUUGCCCACUGGAAGAUGGCGAAACCAAGAGAUCGAAACUCUCUUGGCUGAGGCCUUCGUCCUGAAGUGCUCAGUCAAUCAUAUCCUUGGGCAAGACCCGAUAAGUCUUGCUAUCCCUUCUCGUGCAGUGCAGUGUGAGCAAGGACUGGCUCCAUACGUUGCUCGCCCCUUAAGAGUGAAAGAAGAUCUGAAGGCCAACAGGUACUUUAUUGCUUGUGAGUACAACUGCGAUGCAGGUUCACACAGAUCUCCCUGGACAGACAGAUACAUCCCUGCACCUCCUGGUGGCGAUGCGGAAGAGGAAAAACUGUUCCGACCAUCAGCACGACUUGGACGCUUGGAACAAGCCUUCAACGAGGUGUUUCAAGCCUAUGCCACCAGCUACUAUGAGGGCAGCGUUUCUUCCGUGUACCUUUGGGACCUUGAAGAGGGCUAUGCGGGAGCUUUCUUGAUUCGCAAGGAGCUUCCAAAGAUCUUCUGUGAUGGAAAGUCAGGAGUUUGGGAUGCCGUUCACAUAGUGGAGGUGAGAGAUUCAUCGAACUCCAACUAUGUGGACUUCAAGCUGUCAAGCACAAUUGUUUUGAAUGUACAGGUCUCUCCAAAAGGUGAGCAGACAGAGCUCUCUGCGCAUUUGACCCGACAGGCCGAAUCCCGGCUUGACCGCAGAAAGAAAUCUGGAGAGGAUGCACAAAUCAUGCAAGUUGGCUCGAUGAUCGAGGACAAUGAGAAUUUCCUCCGCCGUAAUCUAGAAUGUAUACACAUUGCAAAGCAGCACUCCAUCCUGGACUCCAUGAGAAUUCUGAGGGAUUCAGCCCCUUCGUCUGUCGCUGCGGAGCUGAAGGGUGCAAUGGGUGCAAUGCCGGUUUCAAGCAAAGCUCCAGGUGCUGGUGCUCAGCGAAGUGCGGAAGUCCAAGGAGACUGA